AUGGCCUCGAUUCUCUCCUUCAACGUUUACAAAAGUGCCUUGCUCUUGGCCACCUUCCUCAGUGCUACACAGGCACAGCAAGUGGGCACCAGCACUGCCGAAAUCCAUCCAUCCCUCACUUGGCAAAAGUGCACCACCGGAGGCAGUUGCACUACCCAAAAUGGCAAGGUUGUCGUCGACGCUAACUGGCGUUGGGUUCACAACACUGGCGGUUACACAAAUUGCUAUACUGGAAAUGACUGGGAUAGAACCCUAUGCCCGGAUGAUGUUACUUGCGCCGCAAACUGCGCCCUGGAAGGUGCCGAUUACUCGGGCACCUAUGGUGUCACUGCUAGUGGCAGUGCGUUGCGCCUGAACUUCGUCACCCAAGCAUCUCAGAAGAACAUCGGCUCGCGUCUCUACCUGAUGGCGGACGACAGCAAAUACGAAAUGUUCCAUUUGCUCAAUCAAGAGUUCACCUUUGAUGUCGAUGUCUCGAACCUUCCCUGUGGGCUGAACGGUGCUCUCUACUUCGUCUCGAUGGACGAAGAUGGUGGCAUGGCAAGAUAUCCUACCAACAAAGCCGGUGCUAAGUACGGUACCGGCUAUUGUGACGCACAAUGCCCGCGUGACCUCAAGUUUAUCAAUGGACAGGCCAACGUGGAUGGAUGGGAACCCUCCCCCAAUGACGUCAAUGCUGGUACUGGAAAUUAUGGCUCGUGUUGUGCAGAGAUGGAUAUUUGGGAGGCCAACUCGAUCUCGACCGCGUUUACACCCCAUCCCUGCGACACCCCGGCCCAAGUUAGGUGCACUGGGGAUGCCUGUGGCGGUACAUACAGCAGUGAUCGUUAUUCCGGUACUUGUGACCCCGACGGAUGCGAUUUCAACCCGUACCGAAUGGGUAACCAGUCUUUCUAUGGUCCGAACAAAAUCGUUGAUACUGAAUCUCCCUUCACCGUGGUGACUCAGUUUAUCACCAACGACGGGACAUCCACCGGCACACUCUCAGAAAUCAAGCGCUUCUACGUGCAAAAUGGCCAGGUCAUUCCCCAGUCUGAGUCCACCAUCAGUGCUGUUAGCGGCAAUUCUAUCACGGAUUCCUUCUGCUCUGCUCAGAAGACCGCAUUCAAGGACACCGAUGUCUUCACUAAGCACGGCGGCAUGGCCGGCAUGAGCGCUGGUCUUGACGAAGGGAUGGUCCUGGUGAUGAGUCUCUGGGAUGACCACGCGGCCAACAUGCUGUGGCUCGACAGUACAUACCCCACCAGUGCCUCUUCUACUACUCCUGGUGCUGCUCGUGGGAGCUGUGAUAUCUCCUCUGGGGAACCUUCUGACGUUGAAGCCAACCAUGCCGAUGCCUAUGUAAUCUACUCGAACAUCAAAGUCGGUCCUCUCGGCUCGACUUUCAGCUCUACCAGCCCGGGGUCUGGCACUACCACCACACAGGCGACGAUCACAACCACAACCACAUCCAAGACCAGUACCACUACUACUGGACCAAGCACCACUGGCGCUCCUCGCUAUGCGCAGUGUGGCGGAUCUGGCUGGACCGGUGCAACCACUUGUGCUAGCCCGUAUACCUGUGAGAAGCUGAAUGACUACUAUUCUCAGUGUCUGUAG